AUGGGCACGCACGGACACCUCACCUUCCUCCUCCUCCUCAGCCUUCGUGCCCCAGGGACUUUCAUCAGAGCGACGGCCUUGCCUGACUUGCCACGUGUGGUGGCCUUGAGUGAGGAUGCAGGGCCAGGCACCCGUGUGGCCGAGGUGACCGUGUCCUGCAGAAACACAAGUGGCAGCCCCAAUGUCACCCUGGAUAGCACUGAACCUGACCACCCCUUCAACCCUAUUGCCAUCAGUGCUGACCCCACCGCCACCACCACGUUCAGAGGUGCGGUGACACUGCGUGCCGGUGCGGAGCUUGAUGCCCACCAGGUGAACCAGUACACCCUAAUCCUGCGGGCUGCUUGCCCUGGUGAGGGCGAGGUGGAAGCGCGGCUCGUUGUCACUGCGACGGCGGGACGGGUGCUGCGCUGUGGCACCCCCUUUGCCAGCACAGGGGGUGAUAUGGUGCAGGUGCUCGCAGAUGUGGCGCCCUGGACACCCCUGUAUGCAGUGCUGCCACAGCCACUUGGUGGACUGAUGUUCAGGCUUCAAAACAACAACACACCACUCAUGCUCACCCACCGGGGCCUGGUGCUGGCACCUGCCAAUGGUUUUGACCUUAGCAGGGACAUACAGGUGUUCAGGCUGGAGAUCGAGGUGACAGACCGCCAUGGGCACAACUGCAGUGGGAUUGUGAGGGUAGAGGUGUUGCCAUCACGCCGUCCCCGUGUCACCUUCCUUGAGCCACACUGGACUGUCAUGCUAACAGAGGGCAUUGGCCCCUUGGAGGUGGUCACACAGGUCCAUGCCAGUGGUGAAAAUGUCCGCUAUGUCAUCCUUGCUCCUGUGGUGCCUGGGCUCUUCACCAUCAAUGAGGAGACAGGUGAAAUCCGCAGCACCCGCCGGCUGGAGGUGGCUCAGGCCCAUCUCCUCGUUUGGGCUUACAAUGUGCUGCACCCUGCUGACCAUGCUAUUGCCACAGUCAACAUCACUGUGCAAGGGACAGAUCAUCAGGCACUGAGAUGUGUCCCAGCCAUCUUCGUGUCCCAGGUGCCCGAAACAGUGUCCCCUGGCAGCACCCUGGUGACACUGAGGUGCACUGACUCCAGCGGCACUGACAGGAGCCUGCGCUAUGCCCUUGAGGGACCCCCUGCUUCCCGCUCCAACUUCUGCAUGGAGGGGCCACGGCUGCAAGUCAACACCACUCUGGACUAUGACUCAGAGGCUGUGGCUGCUGUGGGCUUCCAGUUCACGGCCACCGUCAUGGUGACGGCAGGAGGGCAGCCCCCACAGAGCACCCAUGUACCUGUGCUUGUGACGGUGACGCCUGUGAAUGAAUUCAGACCAGCGUGCCCCAACGGUGCCACCUUCACUGUGCAAGAGACGGCAGCUUUUGGCAGUAUUGUGGGACGCAUUGUUGGCACUGACCGUGACUACCCACUGGACAGCCUCGAGUACAGCCUGGAGGCGGGGUCUGGUCUCACACAGCCCUUCUCCAUCGACAGGCGCACUGGUGAGAUCCGUGUGGUGGGACCCCUGGACUCCAGGCAGCAGAAGAGCUACAGGCUGGGGGUGCGGCUGACAGACACCCACAACGACCUAGACCCAGCAAAGCAGCAGAGCUGCCUGUGCGACGUGUCUGUACGCCUGCAGGCUGUGCCAGACCAGGUGCCCGUGUGCAUCCCCGAGGUGCAGGAGCUGCAGAUCAUGGCCGGGCCCACGGGCAGCCACCAGCCUGUCACCCGCCUGGCAUGCCAGGGCAGCCCUGAUGGCACUGGGCUGACAUAUACCAUCGCUGGAGGUAAGGAGUGGCCAAGCCAUGGCGCAAAACAGCCCUCACCAGGUGGGGCACUGAGCAGACCAUCUCAUCCAGGCAACAAGGAUGGCCACUUUCGGCUGGACAAGAACACCAUUGUCUACCUCACCCAUGACCGAGCCGAGCCCCAAACGUUUGUCCUACUGGUGGAGGUGUGGGGUGGCUCUGGUGCCCACCGCCACACCACCGUGGUGGCACUGGUGGUGCACGUCACCCCCUGGAGCACCUUGAUGCCACCCAGCACCACUACCUGUCACACGAUGCUGCAGAAGGAGCCACUGGUUGUCACACGGACAGAGGGGGGAUGGCACCCGCCCUGGUUCGUGAUUGUGCUGACCAUCUCUGGUGCCCUGCUGCUGGCCACCCUGGGCUGCAUAGCCAGGAGCCUGCUGUUCAGCAACCGGGACCCUGGCAAGCUGUUCCUGGGCAAGACGUCCUGGGAUGUGGUGGAGCAGGAUGGGGGCAAGGAGGAACAGGGAUGCUUACAUGCCAGCAGUCCAUGGCUGAGUGCUGCCUCCAUCCCAGGCACCGGCAGGGACUAUCUCUUCAACAGCAUGACUGGGGCACAGCGCUGUAUCUGA